AUGCAGUUGUGUCCAAAGGAGCUUGACAAGCUCGUCAUAUCGCAGCUCGGACUCCUUGCGCAACGUCGGCUGGCAAGGGGAGUGAAGCUGAACCAUGCUGAAGCUACUGCUUUGAUCGCGAAUAACCUCCAAGAACUUAUCCGCGAUGGAAACCACUCGGUCGCCGAUCUCAUGUCAAUUGGCACAACGAUGCUUGGUCGUCGUCAUGUACAGCCCUCCGUUGUCGCCUCGCUCGGCGAGUUGAUGGUCGAAGGCACCUUCCCAACCGGCACAUACCUCGUUACCGUCCAUAACCCAGUGUCCACCGACGAUGGCGACCUUGAGAAGGCGCUAUACGGAUCGUUCCUGCCAAUUCCAUCGAACGACAUGUUCCCACUACCCGAUUCGAGUGUUUACGAGAGCACGAAGCAGCCAGGCGCGAUCGUGGCAGUCAAGGGAGAGGCUGGUAUAAUCAAGCUGAACGAAGGGCGCAAGAGGAUCAAACUCAAGGUGAAGAGUAUGGGAGAUCGGCCAAUUCAGGUCGGAUCGCAUUACCACUUCAUCGAGACGAACCCGCAACUCCAAUUCGACCGCGUACGAGCUCAUGGAUACCGCCUCGAUAUUCCCGCAGGCACAUCGGUGCGCUUCGAGCCUGGCGAUACCAAGACAGUCACCCUGGUACAAAUUGGUGGUAACAAGAUCAUAAAGGGUGGAAACCAGAUCGCUUCAGGCUUCAUCGAAGACAUGUCGGUUGCAAAUGGCAUCGUGGAGAGACUGAAGUCUGGCGGCUUCCUCCACGAGCCAGAGCCGCAUGGCGACGCUGCACACAUCGACAUCUGCAGCAUGGAGCGACUGUCCUAUAUCAGCAUGUUCGGUCCGACGACCGGUGACCUGGUUAGAUUGGGUGCAACAGAUCUCUGGAUCAAGGUUGAGAAAGACAUGACCGUAUACGGCGAUGAGUGCGCUUUUGGAGGAGGUAAGACAUUAAGAGAGGGCAUGGGACAAGCUGGAGGUGUUUCAGACAAAGACUCGCUGGAUACCGUCAUUACGAACGCUUUGAUUAUCGACUGGUCUGGCAUCUACAAAGCGGACAUUGGAAUUAAGGAUGGGAUGAUCGUUGGCAUCGGCAAGGCAGGCAAUCCGGAUGUGAUGGACGGUGUGGACCCCAACCUGGUAGUCGGUUCAUGCACCGAUGUCAUCUCUGCUGAACACAAGAUUGUAACAGCAGGUGGUUUCGAUUCUCACAUCCAUUUCAUUUGCCCUCAGCAGGCACAUGAAGCUAUAGCAUCUGGUAUCACGACCAUGCUCGGAGGCGGCACAGGACCCAGCACCGGCACAAACGCAACAACCUGCACUCCAGGCAAGACGCACAUCCGACAAAUGCUCCAAGCAAUCGACACACUCCCCGUAAACUACGGUAUAACAGGAAAAGGCAACGACGCCGAGCUCCGCCCCCUCCAACAACAAGCCGAAGCCGGCGUCUGCGGCCUCAAGCUCCACGAAGACUGGGGCAGCACCCCCGCCGCCAUCGACGCCUGCCUGACAGUCUGCGACGAAUACGACAUCCAAACGCUCAUCCACACGGACACGCUCAACGAAUCCGGCUUCGUCGAGUCCACCAUCGCUGCCAUCAAAGGCCGCACAAUACACACGUACCACACCGAAGGCGCGGGCGGCGGUCACGCUCCCGACAUCAUCAGCGUCGUCGAACUCGACAACGUGUUGCCUUCGUCUACCAAUCCCACUCGACCAUAUACACGCAACACGCUCGACGAGCACCUCGACAUGCUAAUGGUAUGCCACCACCUCUCCCGCAACAUCCCCGAAGACGUCGCCUUCGCCGAAUCGCGCAUCCGCGCCGAAACCAUCGCCGCUGAAGACGUGCUGCACGACCUCGGCGCCAUCUCCAUGAUGUCUUCGGACUCGCAGGCCAUGGGCCGCUGCGGCGAAGUCAUCCUCCGCACAUGGAACACCGCACAUAAGAAUAAAGUGCAGCGCGGUACGCUCAAGGAAGAUGAGGGCACGGACGCGGAUAACUUUAGGGUGAAGAGGUAUAUUAGCAAGUAUACUGUUAAUCCCGCGAUAGCGCAGGGAAUGGGUCAUUUGGUGGGCAGUGUGGAGGUGGGUAAGGUGGCGGAUCUUGUGCUUUGGACACCGAGGAACUUUGGGGUUAAGCCCAGUUUGGUGGUUAAGAGUGGGUUUUGCUCGUAUGCUCAGAUGGGUGAUCCCAACGCUUCAAUCCCCACUGUCGAACCCAUCAUUAUGCGCCCCAUGUUCGCGCCUAUGGUGCCUUCAUCUAGCAUCACGUUCGUCUCACAAGCUUCCAUCGCUUCUGGCGUUGUCAAGUCUUAUGGCCUGCGCAAGCGCGUCGAGGCUGUCAAGAAUUGUAGGAAUAUCGGUAAGAAGGAUAUGAAGUUCAAUGAUACGAAGCCGAAGAUGAAGGUCGAUCCUGAGAGGUAUACGGUCGAGGCGGAUGGUAUGGUAUGUGAGGCUGAGCCUGCGGAGACGCUGCCGUUGACGCAGGGGUAUUUUGUUUAUUAG